CACGCGCCCGCCCUGCCGCUCUCCGGGCCCCGCCCCGCAGCGCGUGGGGCCGGACUCUGACCCGGGGGCGGCCCGGCGCGCGCUCCCCGCCUCCUCCCCCCCAGGGCCCCGCCCAGCGGCGCGGGAGGGGCCGGGCUCCGGCGAAGGGGGCGGUGGCCGCGGCGGUGACAGCGGCUCCCCGCCCCCGAGGCCGCCACGUCCCUCACGUACCACCCGGACGAGCCGCGGAGCGGCGACCUGGCGCCGGGGGCUCCGGCUCCUCCGGCGGGGCUCAGCAUGAGGCUGGCGCGGCUGCUGCGCGGAGCCGCCUCGGCCGGUCCGGGCCCCGGGCUGCGCGCCGCCCGCCCCAACGUCAGCCGCAGCCUCACCUCGGACUCGGGCUCCGGCCCGGCGCCCGAACGCGGCGUUCCGGGCCAAGUGGACUUCUACGCGCGCUUCUCACCGUCCCCGCUCUCCAUGAAGCAGUUCCUGGACUUCGGAUCUGUGAAUGCUUGUGAAAAGACCUCAUUUAUGUUUCUGCGGCAAGAGUUGCCUGUGAGAUUGGCAAAUAUAAUGAAAGAAAUAAGUCUUCUUCCAGAUAAUCUUCUCAGGACACCAUCAGUUCAAUUGGUGCAAAGCUGGUAUAUCCAGAGUCUUCAGGAGCUUCUUGAUUUUAAGGACAAAAGUGCUGAAGAUGCUAAAACUAUUUAUGACUUUACAGAUACUGUGAUACGGAUCAGGAACCGACACAAUGACGUGAUUCCCACGAUGGCUCAGGGUGUGAUUGAAUACAAGGAGAGCUUCGGGGUGGAUCCUGUCACCAGCCAGAACGUUCAGUACUUUUUGGAUCGUUUCUACAUGAGUCGCAUUUCAAUUAGAAUGUUACUCAAUCAGCACUCUUUAUUAUUUGGUGGAAAAGGCAAAGGAAGCCUGUCUCAUCGAAAACACAUUGGAAGCAUAAAUCCAAACUGCAAUGUGGUUGAAGUUAUUAAAGAUGGCUAUGAAAAUGCUAGGCGUCUGUGUGAUUUGUAUUAUAUUAACUCUCCCGAACUAGAACUUGAAGAACUAAAUGCAAAAUCACCAGGACAGCCAAUACAAGUGGUUUAUGUACCAUCCCAUCUCUAUCACAUGGUGUUUGAACUUUUCAAGAAUGCAAUGAGAGCAACAAUGGAGCAUCAUGCCAACAAAGGUGUUUACCCGCCUAUUCAAGUCCAUGUCACGCUGGGUAAUGAGGAUUUGACUGUGAAGAUGAGUGACCGAGGAGGUGGUGUUCCUCUGAGGAAAAUUGACCGACUCUUCAACUACAUGUAUUCAACUGCACCCCGGCCUCGUGUUGAGACGUCCCGAGCAGUGCCCUUGGCUGGUUUUGGUUACGGAUUGCCCAUAUCACGCCUUUAUGCACAGUACUUCCAAGGAGACCUAAAGCUGUAUUCCCUAGAGGGCUAUGGGACAGAUGCAGUUAUCUACAUUAAGGCUCUGUCAACAGAAUCAAUAGAAAGACUCCCGGUAUAUAACAAAGCUGCCUGGAAGCAUUACAACACCAACCACGAGGCUGACGACUGGUGUGUUCCCAGCAGAGAACCGAAAGACAUGACGACAUUCCGCAGUGCCUAGACACACUUGGGACCCCUGGAAAAUCCAGAUGUGUUUUUUUAUUAAAUUUGGAAGGGAUGGUGUUCAGAACUACACUAUACCAAAUACUUCAUGUGUCGUUUUCACAGUUAACUGUUUGGGUAGAUAGAAUAAGUGGUAAGUUAAAUUCCUCUUAUGCCCAUUAAAUCUCCUAAAGGAUGAAGUUGUACCUAUUUUACACUUAAAUUUUCACAGUUAAUUGAACAUUUUUAAACAACUGUAGUUCUGGUCAACUUUCUCUUUACAGUAGACUUCAGAAGCGUAGAAGUCUUUGGGUUUCUACAGGAAGCUGUGUAGUUUUGUAGUUUUUUAAGAAAUACUUUUAUGUCUGCUAGAAACAUUUCCUUAAUAUCGAUUAGUCAGUUAGCCAUCUUUCUGUUUUAGAGGAGUUCUGCCAGCCUUUAUUUAGUAAUGACAGAUGUAAUAAGAUGAUUUACAGAUUUACAUGACUGACUACAAUUAAAGCAGUAAACAGUUGCCCUGUUAAGUGUAGAACCAGCCACCUUUCAGCAUCUACAUGCAUUGUCUUCACUCUGAAGUUAAUUUAUCGUGUUUUAAUUUUAUUGCAAAGGAUUGUAAUGAUUGAUUUCCUAUGGAACUAAACCAAGAUCAUGGGCAAUCUACUUUGAAUAUGCUUAUGAUUAAUGCAAUGGGAAAUUUUUAUACUAAAGCCUAACAGCUGCUAAAAUUCUAAAUUGAAUUUAAGAAAUUGAGGGCAGAAGAGUGAGUCGCAAAAACUGUACUAAAGAUUGUUGAGAUUACCUGGGGGGUGCUUUUGAGAAAGUUUUUCUGAGUCCUACUCCAGACAGAAUCAGACUCUGCGGCUGGAGUCCAGGAAUCUCAGUUUUUAUAACACUUCCUAGACCAGUCUGAUGCCUCACCUAGUUAGGAAGCCACGCUUUUAAAGUGAGUAAUGAUGAUACCACAUUUGCUAACAUAACAGAUCUUUAUAUUUUGGUUUUCACCUAUUGAAAGGUCAGACUUCUAGACUCUGGUGCAAUUAGAAGCAUAAUUGGAAGCAAGAGACAAGUUGGCUACAGAAGAAGAGUCAGGUAACCAAAGGAUUAGAACCGUAAAUGCACAGGUAUUGACAAAAAACAUGUUAUGAAAAAUAUCUAUACUUUAUCAGGAAAAAGUCACCUUGGGCUUAUCACAUUCAAAUGUUUGCAUUCGAAUGUUAAUUUAUAAUGUACAAAUUUUUGGUAUAUUCAGUAUAUUAUAACUCUGUUAGGCUUUAAGACAGAGAUACCAAACAGGUGGUAUCAUCUUCGUUUUUGAGACUCAGAGUAUAGCCCAAAGCUGCCCAGAAUUGGCGUGAGGGCUCAAGCUGUAUCUGCUGAUCACUGUCAGCCGCCUGGUCUAAGAGACCAUGAAAGUCAGGAGACUAAGUUGUUAGUCUUACCUCAUCUUUUAAGGUGACAGGGAAGUACACUGAAAAUAAAUUUUAAAGUAAGAUUUUAAAUGUUUAAAGAACAGCUUUACUACUUAAAUGGGGAACUUUAUCUGGUAAAUACAUUGAGUUGAAACAGCUCAUUCUCAAAAGGAUUAUGUAAGCUUAACAGUGCUAUACAAAUUUGUAAAUUAGAAGGGAUGUUAAAGGGCCGUUAGCCCAGGACUCUCACAUAAGAGAUGAGGAUCCUGAAACUCGGGGUGUGUGGGGUUUGCCCAGGGCUGAUUAGCUGAUGUGACCAAAUGUUGGAAAAAGAUGUUUUACCUAUUACUCCUUAACUAUGGAUUUUAUGAUAAACAAUAGGAUAUGCUAGUGGAUGAUUUAUAUUAGUUCAGUGUGUCACAGUUUUUUUAGCUUAAAAUUACACUUUUCUUAUAAUGAUGAAAUAGUUUCGAAUCCUUUGAAUCAAAGUAUUCACUUUCUUUCCUAAAUGAGACAUUUGUACAACUGACAUAAAUUUGAUAUUUUUACUUAAUGAUCCACCCACCCACACACAAAAUUAAAGUUUCUCUCUUUAUUUAAGAGCUAAGAAAUUGUAUUUUCAAAGGAAGAAUGAAAUCUUUUCCUUUAGCUUCUUUUUAAGGUAUAAUGGCUUUUUCACUUUGUUACUGUGGUAAGGGACACAAAGUUACAUACAGAAAUAUUUGGGGGAAUGCUUUCUCUUAGUUGGUUUUAAAUUAUUGUGCUACUUGAAAAGUUUUUAGAUUCUUAUACUAUUUUCCCCCACCAGCAUUUAAUAUGAUGCCAUGUAGAUUUUAAAAACAUACUGAAAGAUAAGAAAUGGAUACUAAGUGAUUUUUGUAACCUGGGCAUUUAAUGAAUAUGCCAACAUUUUUAGGAAGAAUCACAAAAAGUAUUCUGCCCUGUACUUAAAGUACUAGCUGGCUUUAGAUGUCUUCAUACUUAAUGGUAAUCACUUUCUUGCACUGUGAAGUUUUUACAUGAAGAUGUUGAAGUGGCAGUCUACCCUAUUAUUUUAUAAAAUGUUUUGUGUAUGGCAAUAAACUGAAAACAUGGAUCAACUCUUAUUCUGAAAAUAAAUUGACCAAUUGUUUUUUAAAAUAAAGGUCUCUUUCAUCAUCAA